GGGGAUGCGGCCUGCCAAGGACUAACCCAGGGUCUGGGACAGUGGCUCCACCCAUGCCGGGCUCCGCAGCCUCUUCCCGCUUGGGAGAGCGCGGCAGGACGGGCGCCACUCCUGCCUCCCCUGGCUCCAGCAGUCGCAGCCCCCGAGCAGGUCGCUCCUGCCUCUCGCGAUCACACCUGGGCCUCCCCGGCCCGGCCCGGCCCGGCCCGGCCCGUAGGUAGCACCCACGCGGGAUGCCCCGCCAGCAGCCCGGCAGGUGAAAGCAGGAGGAGAGAGCCAGCAGCAGCAGAAAGCCAACGCGCCGCGCGGAGAAGGCAGACCGAGCCCCCCCUGCCCUCCACGAGGACUGGAAGCUUGGCCGAGGGGAGUGGCCUAGAAGGCGUCAGCUGAGCGGGCCGGCUGCCCCUCCCUGAGAGGUGACUGACCAUGGCAAAGGACGGUGGGCGCUGUGGUUUCUGUGCCACCUGCCUCCUCGGACUCUUCAGCUGCCACUGGACUCACAGCAAGAAGGGCCUGAAGACGAGCAAGUGUGACUCUGCCUGGUCCUUCCUCCUCUUCGGGGUUUGCCUCUUUUCCCUGGCCUGGCUCUAUCUGGCCCUCGUCACCCUCAACGAUUUCCACAACCUCAACGAGUUCCUCUUCCAGAAGACGGAAUGGUGGCUCGACUGGUCGGUGGGGAUGCUCUCUGCCACCGCUGCUCUGGUCACCUACUCCUCUCUGCUCCUGAUAUUGGCCCUCUGCCUACAGCUCUGCCACCAGCCCCUGAAGCUACAUUGGCUCCACAAGGGCCUUCUGAUGCUGACUGUGCUUAUGGUAGCAGCUGCCUUUGUGGGGCUGGAAAUCCAGUGGUCCGAACAGUGGGCAAGUGCCCACAUCUCCCUACAGGCGACCGGCCCCUUCUUGCACAUCGGAGCAGUGGCGGGCUUGACGAUGCUUGCCUGGCCGGUAGCAGACUGCUUCUACCGCACCUCCCAUGCAGCGCUCCGGACCUUCUUCCUGCUCUUCUAUCUGGGCACAAUGUUGGCCUUAUACCUGGCCCCCCUGGGAAUCGACUCUCCCUGCUUCUUGGAGCACAGCCAGCUCCCUCCCAAACCAGCUCUGUUUGGGCACCGCGGGGCUCCCAUGCUUGCACCAGAGAACACUAUGAUGUCCUUCCGGAAGGCAGUCAACUGCGGUGUGAGCGUCUUAGAAACAGACGUCCUGGUGAGUGCUGAUGGGAUCCCUUUCCUCAUGCAUGACGAGAAGCUCUUACGAACCACAAACGUACAGGCGGUGUUUCCCACCCAAGCCUGGUCCAACGCCAGUGCCUUCAACUGGACGCAGCUGCAGCAACUUGAUGCCGGCAGCUGGUUCUUCCAGAAGCAUCCCUUCCCCACAGCAUGGAGCCUUUCAGAAGAAGAGAUGGCCCAGGCCAGGACACAGCACAUUUUGUCUCUGAAGGAGCUGCUGGACGAGGCCAAGAGACGCAAGGUGUCCGUCAUGUUUGACCUGCGGCCAGAGGAAGACCCCCACUAUGAGCGCCUUGUCAACAUCACAGUGGAGACAGUCCUCCGGUCGGGCAUCACCCCAGAGCUGAUCCUAUGGCUGCCUGACGGGUUUCGGGAGCAGGUGGAACAGCGAGCACCAAGGUUCCAGCAGAUCUAUGGCUCCAAAAACUUGGGCAACAAGACAAGGCCGCUGCGGGUGAACCUGCCUUACCAAAAUCUGAGCAGCUCAGAAAUCAGGGAAUACCGCCGUGACAACAUCUCAGUCAACCUGUAUGUGGUAAAUGCCCCGUGGCUCUUCUCCAUCCUGUGGUGCGCGGGGACGAGUUCAGUCACCACCAAUGCCUGCCAGGUGCUACAGAAGAUGCAGCGCCCUGCCUGGCUGCUGCCUCGUGCCACUUAUCAGAUGAUCUGGACUGUGACAGACUGCGUCUCUUUCCUGCUCAUUCUCUGGGCUUUCUUGCUGCUAAAAAGAUGGUCUCGGAAGAAGGGCUCAGGAGGUUCAGACUCGGAUGUGCUCCUGACGAAGAUCCACAGCCUCUUGUCCGAGUGAUGCGGGAGAGCCAAGUCCUGGGCUUUGCCCUCCCCCUUGCUAGUUCUGGCAGGGCACUCCUCUUUCAAAAUGUUUUCCUGGGAACGGCUUGUCCUUGGGGCUUCCUGGCAGCGGCUGCUGCUGGGAUCUGUUUCAGUGGCCUGUAUUGCACAGCCCUCAGACGAGUAGCAGUCACGGGACUUCAUAGCAGCCUGGACUCCUGCACUUCUUUUGGGAGCUUGGAAACCCGGGGCCUUCCUCAGCAAGACCCAAAUCCCAGAAUUACUGUUAGAGCCUCAUGACAGAAGUACCGAGCCUUCUACUCUCCUGCGGGACAUGGAUUCUUCCUGAUGUGGGACUAGAACCUUUCAAGUGCCCGUUAUUA